GUUAAAACGGAAUCAAACCGAGCAGUUGAAUUUGAAUCGGUUAAACCAAAAACCGAAACACUACUCCACUUUCGACCGGUUUUGAAACCACAACUAAGAUAAUCGCUCGCUCUCCAUUUUUCUUUUGUCUGCGCCAUUGAAGCUAGGUUACGAAGCUAAGAUAAUUUUCGCACAGAACUGGAUAUAUAGUUCACCUAUUGGAAUACUCUGAAAUGGAAGAUUCAUCAUUUUUCAAUCGAAUGAUUGGUCAUCUUCGGGGAACUUGCAAGUACUAUACUGGUUAUCCAAAGGAUCUUGGGCCAUCACAGGUUAUUCAUUUUACCUCCGAGCGUGAGUUUGUCAAUCUCCUUCAUGAAGGGUUUCCUGUAGUUGUCGCUUUCACUAUCAGGGGGAAUUACACAGAACAUCUUGACAAAGUAUUGGAAGAAGCUGCUGCUGAGUUUUAUCCACACGUAAAAUUCAUGCGCGUUGAAUGUCCAAAAUAUCCUGGGUUUUGUAUAAGUCGACAGAAAAAGGAGUAUCCAUUCAUUGAAAUAUUUCACAGUCCUACACAUGUAGCUAACCAGGGAAGGGUAGCUGAUCCAAAUAUUACUAAGUACAAUGUGAAAGUCAUGCCGUUCAACUACGAUGUCAGUCCAUAUGGAUUUAGGGAAAUCUUCAAGCGCUAUGGUAUUCGGACAUCAGAUACAAAGUAAGGAUCUAGAGAGAAGGUUUUAUCGUUCAUAUAAUGAGAAGCCACACCAGAUUAUAUUACCUAUUUUAUCAUUGUAAUAAUUUGUAUAUCAUCAUAAGUUACAACUUCAGGCCAAUAGAUGGACAAUUAUAUUUACCUGUAUGGUUGAUGUCCAAAUCCUUAAAUAUGAUUUGGUUGAUGUAUUAAAGUUAUAUGAUGUAGCUUUUACAAUAACUUGGAUUAUUUGACUCUUAAUCUUGAGGUAUUCCAACUA